AGGAUGAACAUUCCAUCUUUCCUUGGAUGUGUUUGUCACAUGUAUGCAGAUGCAGAUUCCAAAAAAUGCAACCGGACCUCACGGGAACGGGAACUGAUGCUCGGGAUGCCAAAGAUCCGAUCUGGAAACACAUGGAAGAAAUCCAAACAUGCUCUGUUGAUGAAAAUGCACAGCUGAUGCGAUGAAGGGAGGGUCUGGGAGGAUGCUGUUGGUCUAUAAACUCAGGAGGGAGCUGCAGCAGGAUGCAAGAUCAGUACUGCAUCACUGGCGUGCCAAGAGGCUGGGUUUCCACAGCUGGGCCAGAAGUGGAAGAGGAUCCAGCCCCCAAGGAAAAGAGUGUGUGGGUCCCAAGCGUGCUUUGCACCAUCAGCAAAGAGCGUCACUCCUUCGUGGGAUACACCAUUGACAUCUAUGAGUCCCUGGACUCUUUCGGUGCCGUUAUUUGGCCAGCGGCUUUGGCUUUGUGUCAGUUCCUCGAUAACAAUCGCAAGCAGAUUGACCUCCUGGACAAGACAGUGCUGGAGAUUGGUGCUGGGACCGGCCUGGUGUCCAUCGUGGCCUGCCUGCUUGGGGCUUCGGUGACAGCCACGGACCUGCCGGAAAUCCUUGGUAACUUGUGCUGCAACCUGAAUCGAAACACUAGGGGGCACUGCAAGUACACCCCUCAGGUGGCUGCGCUCUGUUGGGAGCAGGACCUGGAACAGUCAUACCCCCGCUCCAUCUACCGGUACGACUACGUGCUGGCAGCCGACGUGGUGUACCACCACGACUUCCUGGAUGAACUGCUGGUGACCAUGAAGCACUUCUGCCUGCCGGGCACAACUCUGGUCUGGGCCAAUAAGAUCCGCUUCCAGACUGACCUGCGGUUCACUGACAACUUCAAGCAGGCCUUCCACACUACCCUGUUGGCCGACCUCCCAGAACAGGAGGUGAAGAUCUUCAUGGCCAGGAGCCGGGAGGAGUGAGACGUGUUCACCUAGCAUUCACUGUGCCUGUGCUGGUUUUAGACUCCUCCUACACCCCCUAUCUACAUUCCAACAGGUUUAUCCCUUUUUUAAAUUACAAUUUUUAUAGCCUUUAACGCAUAGAAUGUGGUGAUGGUGUGCUUGUUUGUAUAUGAAGAGACAGAAGGGUAUUCAUUUUGAGGCUGAUGUGUUUCACUUGUAAUUGGCAAAAUUAAACACUUAAUGAAAAAUAAAUGCUUGCUGAAUCUAAAAACUCAGACUGCUAGAAUUAAAUUGAGACCACAUGACAGACAGACUCAUUUUCAAAUAAUUUUAUUCUGAAUUGUUUCAGAGAACCCAUACUUUGUAGUAAAACAGCUUAUGUAAAUUCUCCUGUUGCUAAGGGAAAUAGAGCAUAGUUGUAUAUAUGUGAACUGCAUCUGCUCUUGAAAAUAUGGGAUUUCAACCUUUUUUUAUAAAUAAAACAUUUUCAUAAA